CCCGAUCGGUUGGCAGGCCGCAUGGGCCGUAAAUUCAGUAGCGCUAUAACUCAUCGCACUGACCAACCGUCCUCUAUAUCCGCAUCACCUGAAAUGGCCAGGAUGUUUGAUCUAAUUAUCAUCAAUGCAGUCAUCGUAACUGCCAGUGACAUUAGUGCAUGUUGUAUAGGCGUUAAGAAUGGAAAGAUACGCGCUCUUGUUGACUCGUUCGCUGAAGACGAGUUAUCUGGGGUGGAGGUCAUAGAUGCUGAAGGGGCCUACGUAAUGCCUGGAGGCAUUGAUGCCCAUGUCCACCUAUGCCAAGAUUUAAAGACCGGACCCCACGGCCUUGGAGGAGAGUGCGCCGACAAUUUUGAAACAGGGUCCCUAAGUGCUAUUGCUGGUGGAACCACGACUAUUAUUACCUUUGCAACUCAAACUCGUGCGGAAGAGGAUCGCAGUUUGCUCAAGGUAGUCGAAACAUAUAAUGCUCGGGCUGAAGAGACAGGUUCAUAUGCGGAUUAUGGGUUCCAUAUUAUCAUCGUUCGGAAUGAUCAGGAUAUUCUCGAAAAUGAGCUUCCUGUUCUGGUCAAAGACUGGGGGAUCAGCAGUUGCAAGCUCUUCCUGACUUACGAUACUCAGCGGCUGACCGACUCGCAACUGCUUGACGUGAUGUUUGAAGCUAGGAAGAACGCCAUCACUACGAUGAUACAUGCUGAGAAUGGCGAUAUGAUUCAGUGGCUCACAGCCCCUUACUACCACGCUUUAUCACGACCCCCAAUUGUCGAGGGGGAAGCUACAACGCGAGCCAUCGCUCUCGCACAGUUGAUUCAGAACCCCAUUUUGUUUGUCCAUGUUGGAUCAGUGCUUGGUGCAGCCAACGUUCGCCGAGCACAAACAAUGGGCCUGCCUGUUUAUGCCGAAACAUGCCCUCAGUAUUUCCAUUUGACCUGGAACGAUCUAAAGCGCUUUCAUUCACCCACCUGUUUUGAAAACAGCAAGAUGAUUUGCUCUCCGCCCCCGCCACCGAGUACUUCAGAUCAUGAAGAACUUUUUGUCGGCCUCUCAAAUGGUACAUUCACCAUCUACUCCUCUGAUCAUUGCCCAUUCCGUUACGACCACCCCCACGGAAAACCCUCGGGUGUCCUUGAACAUCCUGAGAGUAUGGAGGGUGAGACAAUUAGCGAAGGUCAUGACCUGAGGAAUUUAUUGGAGCGGAAGCAGGGCGCAUUCCGCUUCAUUCCAAAUGGGAUUCCUGGCGUGGAGACAAGACUGCCCUUGCUCUAUACCGGGGCGCUAGCAACGGGCCGCAUCACUCCCCAGAGAUUUGUGGAGUUGACAUCCACCAACCCUGCAAAAUUGUACGGACUAUAUCCCAAGAAAGGGGCGUUGAUGCCAGGAUCCGACGCAGAUUUUGUGAUUUGGCACCCGGAAAAAGCUUUUACACCUUUCCGUCUACAUAACUCCAUGCUGCAUCAUAAUGUCGACUACACUCCUUAUGAAGGAAUAGAGCUUGUCAACUGGCCUCGGUAUACGAUUCUUCGGGGUAAGGUGAUGUGGGCAAACGGCAAGGUAGUGGGCAAGGUACGGGACGGACAAUAUGUAAAGCGUGGGCCAAGCCAAUUAAGCCAUAAAUCGCCCCGUACUGAUCAAGAUCCCUACCGUGUGGCGAACUGGCUAUAUGAAUAG